AUGGACCUAUUUCUAAAAACCCGGGUCGAUUCCGCGCCAGCUUGUCACGUUUUUCUUUCCGCCAAAAGGUCAGGCCAAAUUUAACCAACUUCGCUUCCAUACCUUUGUGUCUUGCCGUUAUAAAAGCAGAAAUUUGAUCUAAUUUGGUAUACUGUCUUUUUGGCGGAAAGAAAAACGUGACAAGCUGGCGCGGAAUAGGCUAUAACAAAUUGCAAAAAAGAAAAAAAAUUUAAAAAAUUUCCUGGCUCCCAAACUGACAACGCAAUUUUGAGCGGGCGCCGGCCGCCGUAGCACUGUCUUAUAGUCUGUUCAGAUUUUGAAUGUCAAGUAGAAUGACGUCAUUCGAAAACCUCAAAGGAACUUUUCAGUUUUACCUAUGUUUCGGGAGCUUUUCAGUUUUGCCCGAGAAUACGUCCGUUCCGCGUUAGCAAUGUCCGGGUUAUUUCUUUCUAUUUUUUGGGGAGUUUUUUCAUGUCCUUUUUGUAGCGAUUCCGCUAAAUUUCGGAAGUCUUAGAAAUCUCAUCAGUUAGAAGAAUAUGAUGUAAAAAAAAACAUGUCUGGACGUGAUGGAGCGUUUCUUUAGUCUGUUCAGAUUAAGAAUGUCAAGCAGCUUACUCAGCCCCCAAGGUUAUAAUAUCUUUCGCGUCAAUGUUCAUCACAGAUGACGAUGAUCCUUUUGAAAAUAUAGAGCAAGAAAGAACAAAAAUCUUCUCGCGCGAUAUAACAUCGAUGCAAAAGGUACCGUGGCAGCAGGGGCAGUGUUAGGUGGUUGACAUUUAAAAUCUGAACAGGCUAUAUGCCGUGUUCAAAGUAAAUUCCGCGAAAUGCAAAAUGAUCUCUGACUCUCCAAAAUUUAGUUAUAUUUUCCUUUCUCUGGCGGCAAUUUUGGGUUUCGCGCAAUCACUUUGAACACGGCAAUAGAAUUGCUCAGAAACGUCCGGAGCGCGUUUGGCUUUCGUUACCGAGGUCCGAGAUAGGGUUGAGCGAGGGCCGGCUCAUCAGCAUAGCGGCAAGUUUUCUUCAAUUCGAACACCAGCUUUUUUUUUUACAGAGAAAUUUGAGUAUGGGUUCUAAUUUUUAUUUUUUCCGAAUAAAGUUUCAAAUUUUUUUGAAGCCAGAGCCCGCGCAAACUUCUUCGCAAAAAUUAGUCCAGCCAGACGCACAAGCCCGGACCCCGGUACCGAAAACCGUACGCGCUUCGGACGUUUCUGAUCGUUUCUAUCAACUCUUUCAGCGGCUAUAGCCCGUUCACGGCUGGCUUGGGACAGCAAACGGGCGGUUUAACUUGCGCGGUUAAAAUAGAUCAUGGCGGUCAUACAUGCGCCUUUAAUAAAAGCCUCAUUUGGUGAAUUAUUUCUGUUUACAUUGACUUCAGUUUUUAUUUACACUGCUCUCAUUGAUUUUUAGAUUUUCUUAAAAACGAUAAAAUACGAAAUAAAAAUAAUCAAGUCAUAAAGUUUGGCUUUUAUGGAAGGCGCAUGAAUAGUCGCGAUGAUCUACCUUCGCCGUGAAAUUAAGCCGCCCGUUCGCUGUCCCAAGUCAGCCGUGAACGGGCUUUACAGCACUUUAUUUUUGAAUAUUCUACUAGAAAUUCUAAGAAAACUCCGGGACGAGUCCGAUUCUCAUCCAAACUGAAAAUUUUCACCACAAAUUUACGUUUCACUUGUUUCAUUAAAGUCUGUCAGAAGUUAUGGAAAUAGUCGGAGACCGAUAGGUUGACAAUCUCGACCUCACACAAGCAUGGAUAGCCUGCUUUGAACAGGUGUCAAUCGUUUUUAAAUAAACGAUAAUUUCAUUUUUUGUACUAGCGAAGAGUGAUUCCAGUCAUUGUGAAUGUACUCUUAUUUAUUUUCUCCUUUGCAAUUUAACACAGAAAAAACCCUCAGCUGCUUUUUAGAGCAUUGGGCUAGUACCUGGUAUUGUUUAGCCGGCACAGCAGUUGAUCGCACGCGGUCCGCCAAGGGUCUAGUGUCGUCGAAUUGCAUGGACCGAUCACAACAAGUUCUUUGGAAGCUUUCUGCAAUAAUUACAUCAUUGAAAAAGCAAGUCAUUUGCAUCAUUCGAAUCACAAUGUUUUGACUGAUUAGCUAUGUAAAGUCGUUAAAAAGUCAGGUUAUGCAGUCAGAAGAACUAACUAGGCGGCGCGCUAGAGCUCCGCUCGGCCUUGUCAAAACUAAGAAUCCUAGACGCCGAAAGCCGUGACGGCAUUUUCCGCGGGGGUCCCAUCAUCGCUUUGUCAGCAUCGCGCUGCCAACAGUUUGUGCUUCGGCCACAGGAAUGGGCUUCGGCGUGACUUUGCGUAUCCGAUUCGCAAGCAAAAAGGAUCGGCACUCUGGGAGUCCCGCGGACCUAAUCUACUAGCGCUUACAAGUCAGAAACGUAUUUUGGAAACUAGGACUUUUAGGAAGGUUCAAAACUCAUCUGGACGUUGAAUUCAGAAGCAAGGCGCCUGUUGAGAGAAGCGAAAAUGAAAAUUGAAGCCAGGUCAAAAAAAAAAAAAGAAGAAAUGCGUGUUGUCACGUGGCUUUUUGGACGUGUUAUUUUUUUUUUCUAGCCUAGCCACAGGGUUCACGUUUUUUUUUUUGCAGAGAAUGAAACUUUUAUUCUGAACAACUUAAAAAAAAGGUAAAAAACUGCCGAAAAGAAAAAAAAACGUUGGUAACGCGAAAAAGCGCACCUCAAUGAUAAAUAUUUUGUCAAGUUAUGUGAGGCAAGCUUUGCGGAUCCACUGCGUAAGAGCCAUUGAACUAAAAAAAAUAUUUCGCAGCGUAUUUACACUAGUAAAACUGUUUAAGCUCUUCUUUUUAUUUAUAAAAAGUACUUUUUAGAACUAUACUUCUUAAAUCAAUAUUUUCUGUUUUUCAUUCUUCAUAUAAAUCCUGCCGUUCGAAAGUCGCUGAGCUUUUCCCCAGCGUAUUUUCCGAUCCUUUCUGUUUGCCUAAUAAAAUUGGCAUAUUUAAUUUGUGCGACACCUCAAUGCUGCUUAUUUAUAUCGUCAGAAAGCUCUUGCCUGAAUCGAGGAUUUUCUUUUGAAAAAAGAUGUUUCUAUUCGAUAUUGUCUGCUUAUUUUUCUGCUUUUUCUACAGGGUCAACUGUCAAUUGAAUUCAGCUCCUACCGGCUUCCGCUUUGUACCAUAUCCUUAUGGAUUCGUCGUGCCGGAAGGUUUUGCCACAUUUAUUUCAUAUUGGAUGUUCUGUAAGAUUUUUUUCAAUAUUGUAAUGCCGUGUUGGAAGUAAUUUCUGCGAAAUGCAAAAUUAUCUCUGAAUCUCCAAAGUUUGGUUAUCUUUUUUUAAAAAGAAAUUUUUCUUUCUUUAACGGCUAUUUCGGAUUUCGCGGAAUCAUUUUGAAAAACAGGGAUAAGGUUUUAAAAAAAUUUAAAAAAAUUUAAAUAUAUGAAUUUUUUUGAUAACUUUUUUUAUAAGGACGUUUCAAUUCAUAUAUCUAUGAAGUUUUCGUUUUUUUUCCCUUCAAUUUAGAAUUUUCAGAUGUGUCCACCUUGUCUGGCAUUUCUUCUUCAGAAGCCGAGUUGACGUCGGAAGUCUCUCCGAGUCCUCAAAGAACUGUCAGAACGAAACCGAAUGCAGCAAAAGCACGGGGAGAUGAUCAUUGCACCGAUGAACUUCUACGGAAAGUCAUGCACGAGGUUUAGUUUUUAGUAUGAAAUAAACCUGCUUCUCUCUAAAUUGAAAAAUUUAUAAAAAUAUAUCGAUAACAAGAUUGACUUCAUGCCGUGUUCAAAGUAAUUUCCGCGAAAUGCAAAAUACCCGUUAGAGAAAGGAAAAGAUCACUAAAUUUUGGAGAGUCAGAGAUCAUUUUGCAUUUCGCGGAAAUUACUUUGAACACGGCAUCAAAUUCAGCUUGAAUUCAUGAAGAUGAUGAAAAUUGAGAUUAAUUUUUUUCAGGUUCUUGUCUUGUUUCUUGUGAUUAUAUAAUUGUUUUCUUGUAGAACAUGGAGGAGACGAUGACCGAAUCGAAACAUGCGAUCCACACAUCGAUGAAACGCUCCUUCGAAGGCCGAUGGAGCGUAAUUUGUGCCCCUUGCGCCUUUUCUUACUUGGCACAUAGCCAUGAUUACUGUAUUCACACACGGAACAAUAUUACUUGCCUUUUGUAUCGUGAUGAUUAA